UAUUAUGAAUUUUUAAAUUUUUAUUAUUCCUUUCAUUUAUAUACUUAUUGAAGUGCGAAAAGAGUUAUUAUCUUUAAAUAGUAUGCAACGCUUAUAAUAUAAAGAAAAUGGGCUCAUAUAAUGAACUUCCAAACAAGGAAAAUUUACAUAAAAUAAAUGUAAAAUAUACGGGUUCUUUGAAGCCUAAAAAUAGUAUAAAGGUUACAUCUCCAUUUAAAAUUUUUGGUGACCGUUUUAUUCCUUGUCGUACAGGAUUGGAUUGGAAUCUUAAAUCAGGGAUAUAUAAUGAUCUUUGGAGUACACCCAAAAAACGGCAAAAAAUAUCUCACCCAACGACUUUCAGCGGUAGAAAGGCUUGGCGCCCAAGUUAUAUUACUUCUACGAGCGAUUCCUCACUCAGCGUUCGUCGAUUAUCCGAUAACUUCAACAAUAUGGAUGGCAAUACGAAUAAUGCAAAUAACGAUGACGAAAAUAACGUCAAUAAUAGUGAAUGUAUAUCUAACGAGCAGGAUGAUUUGAUUUCCCUCCAGGAUAUGGAGAUCUUUCCACUAGAUUGUGAUGGAAUUUCGACACCAACACAUUCAUUCUGGAAUCCGCCAGUUAAAGAGGAUUUAUCAAUCCAUUCCAACGGAUUCCAAACUCUUCAACAAGAAACAGAACCUUCCCAACUCUCUGAAAAAGGGACCAAAACCAAAGAAUUUUGCGACAUAUUUAAGACACCUGAUAAUCCCAUUCUCCCUGCUGCCCCUAAACGUGUCUGUCCUUUCAGGGACGAGGAUACAGAUUUAAUGCAAAAACUGGUUGCUAUAAGUGAGAGCACCGAGCAACUGCCGCUUGCAUCUCCGGAUGAUACUCUUAUGAACUCGCUGUGCUCGGCUAGUAGGAGGUUGCGUUUCGAAAUUGACGCAUCUCAAAAUCCUAUAAAACACACAAUGACCGAUGAUAAACUAGACCAUUUUGAAGAUAAUAAUGGUGAUGACAUUAAUAAGGGCAUCGAACAUGGACUUACUCUUAGUCAAGAAAACAUUACUGACUUGGCCACUAUUUUUGAGCGUUCUGUCAAACGGGCCUACCCAUUUCCAGUAGGUGACGUGGUCUCAACCCAUCACGAUAACUCGGACAUUUCCUCUGAACUAAUUGAACCUGCUGGUACUGUAAUCCACCGUGGUGUGUUUCAUAGUCGUCGUCGUUGCCACAUAGUUUCACCUCGUCAUCUUGAUGGUGAUGGUGGACUUGAACCCUCUUCCUCCCCUCUACAGUAUCGCUCUGGAGGUGUUGCUAUCAAUCAGCGCUAUUCCUCAGCUCUUGAAAACGAAAUACUGGGGUCAGCAUUUAACGAUCGCAUGGGUCAUGGAGCAGAUCAGAAUUUACUUUUCCUUCUUGGCUCAUUUCGCACCGGAAUUCAUCACUCUCGCACAUUGGUUUAUGAAAGAGAUAUCGCAGGUGGAGCUGGUGGUUUGGAGGUACCCCACUACAUGGUUCCUGGGGCAACUGACCGAUAUCGCCCCAUUUUGCUGCUGCCCGGUAGUGGAAAUGGUGGCAAUCAAAUUCACUCAGAUGGUUGUACCGAAUUAUCGAUGGCCAACUAUACAAGAUGUUCAGCAGACGUAGAUCUGGUGGAUCUCUAUGUAUCUCCUCUCAAGAGUGCCUUCCGCCCUAAUGAGAGUGGAAUGGGCAGUGGUUUAUUCAAUGGAAAAUCCAUGUUUAUCAUUAAAAACGAGACUAAACUUAUGCCAGGCAUCAGCCAUGAUGACAGUUUUGACUACUCUCCCCGAAAGCUAUUCAGGUUCACACCAAGAAAAGACAACCCUAUAAAAGUAUCCCCCCUUUCCUUGUCAAAUCUUACUGUGGAUACUGAAAGUUUGAUGAGUUCCCCUAGAAAAUGCUUUAGAAAAAUUCCUUCUAUGCCUUACAAGAUAUUGGAUGCCCCCGAUUUGCAAGACGAUUUUUAUCUUAACCUCGUGGAUUGGUCUGACUCGAACAUAUUAGCUGUAGGACUGGGCAGCUGUGUUUAUUUAUGGAACGCCAUUACCAGUCAAGUAACCAAACUUUGUGACCUGAGCCACGAGGUUCGUUUUUCACUACUUCCAUCCCGCUCAUCCAUUAUGUACUACUCAUCGUCUAACCCAUCCCGAGACUCAGCCGAACCUGCUCUUCACGCAUCUACUCCCUUACACUCUACACGCGAGUCACAAUAUGUUAAUGACGGUGCAGAAAACCGAUCCACCCCCUUGCCUGGAUUUACAGGGAAUGUUAUGGAUGACAGCACCCUCGAAGGUGGAAAUAAUGACUUCAAUCGAUUAGAUAGCGAUAAGGUAACGUCUGUAAGUUGGAGUCGGGGAUGGGGUCAUCCGGCCUUCCUAGCCAUAGGUACCCACCAGGGACGCGUACACGUUUGGGAUGCGUCAGCCCUCAAGCAGGUACUCUGCUACCCGCGCGUGCAUAAGGGGCGUAUAGGUGCUUUAGCGUGGCGUGACGCGAAUUCACUGUGCACGGGAUCUCGGGACCGCGACAUUUGCCAUCUAGAUACCAGAGUACCUGUGCCAAGCCCGGAAAAUGAUAAUAAAUCUGACUGGAAGAAGAUGUUGACAGGACAUAAACAAGAAGUUUGUGGUAUGAAAUGGUCUCCUGAUAACGUUCACUUAGCGACAGGUGGAAACGACAACAAGUUGUUAUUAUGGGAUUUGCGUCAAGCAGUCACACCUUUGAGGGAAUAUACUGAACACACUGCCGCGGUGAAGGCCAUAACCUGGAACCCGCACCAGCGAGGCUCCUUAGUGAGUGGGGGCGGGACAGCUGAUCGCAGUCUCCGCUUUUGGAACACGCUUGUUGCCGAGCAGGGCUCGAGACUCGCCAUCAAUACAGGCAGCCAGGUUUGUAAUCUGGCCUGGUCCAUGGCUCACCCGGACGAAUUUGUUAGCACACACGGAUAUUCUCAAAAUCAAAUAGUUAUAUGGAAAUACCCUUCUUUGUCCCAGAUGACCGUCUUGACUGGACACUCAUAUCGCGUUUUAUAUUUGGCCUUAUCUCCUGAUGGUAAGUCUAUCGUGACUGGCGCAGGCGAUGAAACUUUGCGAUUUUGGAACGUUUUUGAUAGGAAUAUUCACAAAAAACCUGAAAUUAAAUCUAGCUUAAAUCUCUUUUCGCAUCUUCGAUGAUUGAGAUAUGAUGAAAGGAAUCAAAUCAUCUUAAAUAUAGUUUUAUUAAAUUUUUUAAUGGCAGUUUGAUAUUUAAAAAAAUUUUAGAACUAAAAUAUAUUUUUUAAAAAAUACAUUAAUAUAAAAAAAAUUUUAUUGAGUUCUUUUGCAGAAAAUUAUAAUUUUUUUAAUUUUGUAAAUUUACAUAUUUUAUAGCCCGUUUUCAAUUAUUAUUAUAUUCUUAUUUAAAUAUAUUUUUUAUUAAUGCAAUUUUUAAUUUUACCAGCAAUUCAUAUUUUAUACUGCUUUUUUAGAGCUUUUUAUCCUAUUUAAAUAUAUGUACAGUGAUUAUUAAGUAAAAAUGAUUUUUAUUGUGAAAAUGGAAAUUAAAAUUUGAAUCAAAAUUAAUCUUUAUGCAGAUAUUUUUUGAAUCAUUUAUAUUGUUUUAUAUAUCAAAUUUAUUAUAAUAUCUUUGAUUGUUAUAUUUUUUAAAUAAAUUAUUAUAACAUAAACGUAGU